GCUACGGAAUCUUGCCCUAACCCUACCUUUGGCGAUGGCGCUUAAAGCGAGAUGACGCUCGCUGGUUCUUUGCUCCUCCAGCGGCGGCGCAAUGAGCAAGAGGCAGCGCAGUAGAAGCCGCUCCCCUGGACGGCGCCGAAGGGAUCGCAGCAGAUCGCCCAAGCGAUUGAGCCGGUCUCCACCGCCGCGGAUCCAUGGCAAGAAGCAGAAGAUCUGUGUGGAUUACGCCAGGGGGAAUUGCUUCAGAGGGAAUGAGUGCUGGUUUCUCCACGACGAGUUUGAGGACAGAUACCAGCGGAGGAGCUACAGCCACAGUAAGCGCGACUCGAGCUUCUAUCCCAGGGGACGGGAUGUGAAUGGGAAAUCGAGGAGCCGGGAGCUGGAGGACGAUUACAGGCACAAUGGAUACUCUCGUAGGGAACGGGAGGAGAGUCCCAGUCACAGGAGAUACUCUAGGCGAGAUAGUCCCAGUCCCAGGCCAUCGACUGAGCGUGUCGAGGAGCAGCAUAGAGUGGUGGAAACGCAUCAAGGGCAUAGAGUGGUGGAAACGCAUCAAGAGCGUAGAGUGGUGGAAACGAAUCAACAGCAUGGAGUGGUGGAAGCUUACGACAGAAUGGUGGUGGAAACAUGCCAAGAAGAGCACGCACAAAUCGAGACACAGGAGCAUCAGGAUUCGGCUUUACCAGAUCACGCUGGGUGUGAAGUAGCUGCAGUGGCUGUGGCUGCCAGAGAUAACACUCGAGAUGAAGCUCGAAAUGAAGCUCUUUCCAAGCCACUUCCAGAGGUUGAGCGUGACUUGGAGAUGUUUGGAGCGCCGGAGUUUUCUCUCGAGCUACAAAAGACGCAAAGUCACAGCCCGAGUGAUGAUCGGAAGAAGAUGAUGGACAGGGAGAUGAGGUCCUUGAAGGUGCUGAGGAACGCGAUCACAGACUUCGUCAAGGAGUCGCUCAAGCCGGCUUGGAAGGAAGGCCACCUGAGCAAAGUCGCGUUCAAGACAAUCGCGCAAAAGGCCGUGGACAAAGUCAUGGGAACGUUGCAGGGUCACGAAAUCCCAAAGGGCCAGGCCAAGAUCGAGCAGUUCAUGGAUUCCUCCCACGCAAAGAUCACCAAGCUCGUCAAGGGAUACUUGGACAAGUAUGUGUCGUGAUGUUUUGACAAUGGUUGGAAGCCUGAAGAUUGAUUUCUCAACAGAUUGUACUAUGUAAGUCUAUAAGUAUCAAUAGCUAACAUUUAAGGUGCGCGCACUGGUUCUUCUA